CUUUCUAGUGUGGAAAUGGCUGAAUAUGAAGUGGCUGUUUUCACGGACAACCGUGUAGCUGCCACCACAUUCAACAAUGUCUUCAUUAAACUGGUGGGGACAGAAGGUGAAAGUGAACGCACACGGCUCGUGAGCAAAAAAGGGAUGUUCCUAUUCACCAGGGGAGCAGUUUCAUAUUUUACCGUGUGGUGCCCCACUUCCAUCGGAAAACUGCUGUUGAUAGAAAUAGACAAACAGGCUCUCCCGUUGUUCCCCCAAGACGAUUGGUUCCCUUCCAAAGUAGAGGUGAAAUCUCCAGAGGGAUGCACCUACAUGUUUCCAAUCUACCGCUGGGUCUGUGAUGACAAAGUACAACAAUUCAGAGAGGCAAUAGCUCUGAGAGUCUUUGAUGACAACCAUCAUCUUGGCCGACACGCUCGGCAACUGGAGCUGAAACAGCGAGAGGAAGAUUACUGCUGGGACGUGUACAACGAGGGAAUACCCCACUGCCUAAAGGCAGAUGAACUUGGUUCACUGCCUUACGAAGUCCAGUUCUCCUUCACCAAGAACUUGGAGUUUAACUUCUCCACAACCACAACACUGAUAGAGUUAAAGCUGAAAGGACUAUCUGACUAUAAGGAGAACUGGACAAGUAUUGAUGAUGUCACUGGAGUGUUUUGCUGUAAACACACCAACAUAGCAGACUAUGUCCAAAAACAUUGGAAAGAGGAUUCUUUCUUUGGCUACCAGUUUUUAAAUGGUGCCAACCCCACAUUGAUCCGACGCAUUUCAUCCCUGCCCUCUAACUUUCCCGUCACUGACAAUAUGGUCUUCCCCCACCAUGAGCAUAACUUGGACUAUGAAAUGAGGAAAGGCAACAUAUUCCUGUGUGACUACAAAACUAUGGAUGGAGUGCAGACCAGCACCAUCAAUGGGAAGAAGCAGUACUUGAUGGCUCCACUGGUUUUGCUCCACAAAACUGCAGAUGAUGAGAUGAUGCCAAUUGCUAUUCAGCUGAAACAGAAACCAUCAGAGGACAACCCCAUCUUCCUGCCCACGGAUUCUGAGUACGACUGGCUGAUGGCAAAGAUUUUUGUGAGAAGUGCGGAUUUCAACGAGCAUCAGCUCAAUGGUCACCUGCUGCGUACUCACCUGAUGGCCGAAGUUUUUGCAGUGUCUCUGCUUCGUAAUGUACCCAUGGUGCAUCCUCUGUACAAACUUCUCAUACCUCACACUCGCUACACGCUGCAUAUCAACUUCUUGGCACGGAAGACACUAAUAUCUAAGGAUGGUGUUUUCACCCAGUUUGUAUCCUCUGGUGGAGAGGGCAUGAUCACAAUCCUGAAGAGAUCAUUGUCCUCAAUGACAUACACCUCCCUGUGUAUACCUGAUGACAUUGCCGAGCGUGGGCUCCAGGACGUACCAAACUACUACUACAGAGAUGAUGGACUCAGGGUUUGGGCGAUCAUCCACAGGUUUGUGGACGGAAUCCUCGGGCACUACUACCAGAAUGAUUCUCAUGUUCAGCAAGACUCUGAAGUCCAGAAGUGGAUUUUGGACAUUUUUGAGCACGGAUUCCUUUCCCAAGCAUCCACAGGAAUUCCACAGAGAUUUACAACUUUGGCUGAGCUGGUCAAUUUUGUUACCAUGGUGAUUUUCACUGGCUCAGCCCAGCACGCUGCUGUUAACUCUGGACAGUAUGACUACGGUGGCUGGAUGCCAAACAAUCCCAUCUCUCUUCAACUUCCUCCACCAACCAAGAAGGGGACAGCGAGUGAGGCCACGAUGCUGGCGACAUUUCCUGACGUCAACACAACAGUUCGAGGCAUGGCCACCAUGUGGCUCCUCAGCAAACAGUCCAGUGACUUUGUCCCUCUUGGCCAGUACCUUGAGGAACACUUCAGUGAGGAGACUCCCUGUAAGGUGAUACAGGACUUCCAAAAAGAGCUUGAACUGCUGAGUGAAGCCAUCAAAGCCAGGAAUGAGAAUCUGGAAGUGCCUUACACAUACAUGGAUCCAGAGAAGGUGGAAAACAGUGUCGCUAUUUGAAUAUUUAAGGAAGUUAUCCAUUAAUGCAACAGAUUACUGGUUGUGAGGCCUUCUGUAAACAAGAGAAGAAACAAAUGUAAAACGCAAGAGACAAAUCUUCUCUAAACAUGCAAUAUAACACUUUUUAUUCACAAUAUCUUUCUUGAUUCAGUAUGAUGGUGACAAAUUUUAGCUGAUUUUAUUAAAUAACUAUAGCAUGAUACACUACUUCUUAUAGCAACGCAUGCAUGCGCACGCACACACACGCACGCAUGCACGCACGCACGCACACACACACACACACACACAUUGAUAAAUGACACCUGUUCAAUAUAAUCAAUCAAUAAUAUAUGCUCUUGUAUUUGUUUUUAGUAUAUACAGAAUGUAAUAAAACAAUACAAUUUCUUUUUUUUUUAAACAGGAAUUAUUACAUAAACAUAACAUAAACAGUGGCGGGUAAUGUUUGU